CUCUCUGGGACAGCCGCUCACUUGUCUGCAAAUUCAAAAGUGGUUCUGCGAGGGGAGGGAGCUGCACGACUGUCCCGACAUCCAGAUCCGCAGUGACGGGGACCUGCACACCCUGGUCAUAGCAGAGGCCUUUGAGGACGACACAGGCCGCUACACCUGUCUGGCCACGAACCCCAGCGGCUCAGACACCACGUCUGCCGAGGUGUUUGUGGAAGGUGCCAGUUCAACAGAUUCGGACAGUGAAAGUUUGGCUUUCAAGUUAAAAGCUGGAGUUAUGCCACAAGCUCAAAAGAAAACAACUUCUGUGUCCUUGACAAUAGGAGCGUCAUCUCCAAAGACGGGGGUGACCACAGCUGUGAUCCAACCGCUGUCUGUCCCUGUUCAACAGGUUCAGAGUCCGACCUCGUAUCUGUGCCGACCGGAUGGAACCGCUGCCGCCCACUUUCCUCCUGUUUUCACAAAGGAGCUGCAGAGUGUGGUGGCAGCCGAGGGCCAGGUGGUGGUCCUGGAGUGCCGGGUGCGGGGGGCACCCCCCCUGCAGGUCCGCUGGUUCCGGCAAGGGAGCGAGAUCCAGGACUCUCCAGAUUUCAGAAUUCUGCAGAAAAAACCCAGAUCUACGGCUGAACCCGAGGAGAUUUGUACCCUCGUUAUCGCUGAGACUUUCCCCGAGGACGCGGGGGUCUUCACAUGCACGGCCAGGAAUGACUACGGAUCAGUGGCCAGCACUGCCCAGCUGGUUGUCACCUCAGCCAACACCGAAAACUGUAGCUAUAACUCAGUGGGAGACUCCAGCGAUGAUCACUUCCAGCACUUUCCACCUCCCCCUCCAAUCUUGGAGACAAGCUCCUCCGAGUUGGCUUCAAAGAAGACACCUGGGCUCCGGCAGGUGACCAGCCCUGAGUCGGGACUGGGCGCGGCCCUGCAGACGCAGUUCGGCGCCACGGAGAGGGAAGCGAACGGGGUCCGUCCUGGCCGGGGAGUGAAUGGACUGGCCAACGGCAAAGCCGACGGUGACAAAUCUCCCCCAGCACCAGCUGUCCUGCUGUCACCCACGAAGGAGCCGCCGCCUCUGCUGGCCAAACCCAAACUGGACCCUCUGAAGCUGCAGCAACUGCAGAGCCAAGUCCGCCUGGAGCAGGCGGCCAGCGCGCGGCACGUGUCCCCGCCCGAGCCCUGCGUGUCACCCGCGCCCAUGAGCGCGCUGGCCUCCCGCGCCGCCGCCGCCAUGCAGUCCUCCGGCUCCUUCAACUACGCGCGCCCCAAGCAGUUCAUCGCCGCGCAGAACCUGGGCCCCGCGUCCGGCCACGGCACGCCGGCCUCCAGCCCCAGCUCCUCCAGCCUCCCGUCGCCCAUGUCCCCGACGCCCAAGCAGUUCGGCCGCGCGCCGCCCUUCGCCGAGCCCGAGGGCCCCUGGGGCCCGUCCUCGCUGUCGCCGUCGCCCCCGCCGCCGCCGCCCCCGGUCUUCAGCCCCGGCCCGGCCUUCGCGGGGCCCGACGUGUUCCCGCUGCCGCCGCCGCCGCCCCCGCUCCCGAGCCCCGGCCCGGCCGCGCCCUGCCCCGCGCGCCCCGGCCCCGGCCCCGGCCAGACGCCCGCCGCCUUCCUGAGCGCCCUGCUGCCCUCGCAGCCGCCGCCCGCCGCCGUCAACGCCCUGGGGCUGCCCAGGGGCGUCACCCCCGCGGGGUUUCCAAAGAAGGCCAGCAGAACCGCCAGGAUAGCCUCCGACGAGGAGAUUCAAGGCACAAAGGACGCCGUCAUUCAAGACCUGGAGCGGAAACUGCGCUUCAAGGAGGACCUGCUGAACAACGGCCAGCCGAGGUUAACAUACGAGGAGAGAAUGGCUCGCCGACUGCUGGGUGCCGACAGUGCGACUGUCUUUCACGUUCAGGAGCCAGAAGAGGAAACAGCUAAUCAGGAAUACAAAGUCUCCAGCUGUGAACAGAGACUCAUCAGCGAGAUCGAGUACAGGCUGGAACGGUCUCCUGUGGACGAAUCGGGGGAUGAGGUUCCAUACGGGGAUGUGCCCGUGGAAAACGGAGUGGCGCCGUUCUUCGAGACAAAGCUGAAGCACUACAAGAUCUUUGAGGGAAUGCCUGUCACUUUCACAUGUAGAGUGGCUGGAAAUCCAAGGCCAAAGAUCUACUGGUUCAAAGAUGGGAAGCAGAUUUCCCCAAGGAGCGACCACUACGCCGUCCAGCGAGAUCCCGACGGGACCUGCUCUCUCCACACCGCAGCCUCCACCCUGGACGACGACGGGAACUACACCAUCAUGGCUGCAAACCCUCAGGGCCGAGUCAGCUGCACGGGACGGCUGAUGGUCCAGGCUGUCAACCAGAGAGGCCGCAGCCCCCGCUCCCCCGCAGGCCACCCCCACGGCAGAAGGCCUCGUUCUAGAUCAAGGGACAGUGGAGAUGAAAAUGAACCAAUUCAAGAGCGAUUUUUCAGACCUCACUUCUUGCAGGCUCCUGGAGAUCUGACUGUUCAAGAAGGAAGACUCUGUAGAAUGGAUUGCAAAGUCAGUGGGCUGCCAACCCCAGAUCUGAGCUGGCAACUAGACGGAAAGCCCAUACGCCCCGACAGCGCUCACAAGAUGCUCGUGCGUGAGAACGGGGUGCACUCUCUGAUCAUAGAGCCAGUCGCGUCACGAGAUGCCGGCAUCUACACGUGUAUAGCCACCAACCGAGCAGGACAGAACUCCUUCAGCCUGGAGCUUGUGGUUGCUGCUAAAGAAGCACACAAACCCCCUGUGUUUAUUGAGAAGCUGCAAAACACAGGAGUUGCUGACGGGUACCCAGUGCGGCUGGAAUGCCGUGUGUUGGGGGUGCCUCCGCCUCAGAUAUUCUGGAAGAAAGAGAACGAAUCGCUCACUCACAGCACUGACCGAGUGAGCAUGCACCAGGACAAUCACGGCUACAUCUGCCUGCUCAUCCAGGGAGCCACAAGAGACGACGCCGGGUGGUACACCGUGUCCGCCAAGAAUGAAGCCGGGAUCGUGUCCUGCACCGCCAGGCUGGACGUCUACACCCAGUGGCAUCAGCAGCCACAGAGCACCAAGCCAAAGAAAGUCCGGCCCUCGGCCAGUCGCUAUGCAGCACUUUCAGACCAGGGACUAGACAUCAAAGCCGCGUUCCAGCCUGAAGCCAGCCCGUCUCACCUGACGCUGAACACCGCCCUGGUAGAAAGCGAGGACCUGUGAUCCAGCACGCGGCCAACACUGAAAUACUAGAACAGCCAUUGCCUUGACCAACACUUUCCUUUGUCACAUUAUGUAAAAGGUAGAAACAUACCUUUGACUGUAAGAAAUAAAAAAACACCAAAAUAACAUUUUUCUUACUUGACAUACCAAACUUAAGAGUUUAAGUAGGUGAUGCUAAUAGAAGUGUACACAUUGCACAGAAAAUUCACAUUUAUUGUCCAAUUUAAUACUUUGGGAAUUGCUGUGAUUAAAGUCGUCUGAAAUGCCAAAAUGCUAAAGGAAAUCAAUUGUUCACAGGAAACCACAUUUGUAUUAUCUACAAGUGCCUUUAAACAUAAGCUAUAGGUGCUACAUGGCAUGAUAGUGUGAAUGUUUAAUACGAGGCAGUUGUACCACAGACACGACUUACGAUGGUUCUAAGGUGCAGUGUGUUCAGACAGCUACAGUGAACCAAGUGCAAUACGUAAGGAAGAAGAAAUGACAAAGAAAUCCAAGUAAAUGCCUUGUCUUUGCAAACUGUUUUACAUUAAGUCAUAAGGAAGGAACUACUUGCCUUAAAUUUUAUUAAUAUCAAGAGUUUUCUAACAAGGUUAAUGCCUUAGUUCUUAACCUUUUUUUCUUUAUGUGUAGUAUUUUUCUUUCCAUGCUGCCUUGGUAGGAAGCUUAUAUACAAACUGUAUUAAAAGGCUAAUUUAAAUAUAAAUAAUAUAAAGUAUUCUGAAUAAGGCAGAAAUAUAUUACAGUCAUGCCACAGAAGGCAUCCAAACCACCCACGUGACCAAGGCAGACGGUAUCUGGAGGAAACAGGGUUUGGAAGGAGGAGGAAGGGAAGUGCCACCAGCACAAUUAGACUGUGUUCAUGACAUCAAAGGAGAAGGGGCAGGAGAGGUGGCAAAGGCCAGGAUUUUCUUUGGUUUUCUUCAAAAUUUAUCCUCCAAUGUAGGUGAAAAAACACUGCCAUUCACAAGUCAAGGAAUCUAGGGUCAGCUGGAAGUUUGGAGCACGCGUGCUAGGGAAUUCCAGUGUGUCUGAGGUGUGUGUAGUUAAAGAUUGCAGGCAUGUGCAGAGCAAGCUGAAAAUGGGCUGAGACCGUAACGGCGGCAUGAAUGAGAAGCUGCCUGUGGGAUCCAGUCCCCUGAGGGAAAUGGAGACAGGAGGGAAAACAGAAACAGGUUUGUGUCCUAAUGGACUUUUUCAAUGGCACCGAGGUGUGGUGAGUGCAAAUCGCUCGUUCGCUUCCCUGCCGCCACGGAGCCUUGCCGUAAGGUGGUGCUGGGUUCCAAGCAGCGGGGGAGGCAGCGCAGCAAACACGGCUUCGUGGAAGCAUACGAUUCUGCAGCAGCUAGACUGGGUUGAUUCUGACCAGACUUGAUGGUUUUAAGUCGGAACCAGUACGUUUUAAAAAGAAAAAAUAAUUUGGCCUAAGUAGCAUACAACAUGAGGCUUUAAUGGUACUUCGCUAUGGAAAGAAAACACUGUAUUCCUUAUGCAAAACAUUUAUCUUUCAUUAUUUAUGUGUUGAACUAAGAUCUUAGCUCAGUUACUCAAUUCAUACGUAGUAUUUUUUUAAAUAGUUUCAUGUCUGUACCACCCCGUGUAUUUCACGUUACUGCUUCACACGCACGGCCGGCUACUUGGUAAGAAGGCCGGCCAGCCUGUGGCGACAGCGGGCCCGGGCGCCGGUGGCAGCCGCUCCGGCCGCGCUCCUCCGCGUCGCCAAUGCGGAGUUUCAGACCCCACGCAAAGCGCCUCGUGGACCGUCUACACUGCAGAAUUACGCCUUACGUCAUAGCUUCCUUGCCAAAUGUUUCUGAAUGUGGCUCUUUUGCUAAUUUGCUGGGUUUGGGAUUAAAUAGCAUCGUUUUGCCACCUUUAUGCUGUAUUUAUAGGGAAAAAAGUACUAUCAUACUACUUUGGAUUGUUGUGCUGGUGUAAUGUGGAUUUAACAUCAAUAAAUAUUUAACGAAUAAUAGCUGCCAUCCUGUGAAGCAAA